AUGCCACCAAAACGCAGACCGAACAAGUCCGCCGCGAGGUCCCGCCCAGCCGCCGCAGUCGCCGAGCCUGAAGAGGCCAUUGAAGUAGCACCCACAGCCCCAACAGCAGAAACCGCCCCGCCACCUAACUCAUCGGAAAACCCACUCUUCCUACCGGGCUACAGCGACUCCUCCUCCGACGAUGACAACGAUAACGGUAGCAACAACGGAUCAGUAGAGAUUAUCCCCCCCCCCCCCCCUCCUCCUCCUCCUCCCGCCGCCGCAGAACCGCCGCCGCCGCCGCCCUCCCAAUCCGUUCCGAAACCAAUAGUUCAACCACCACCGCUUGGCAACGAGGACGACGACACCUCCGGUGGCGAAGAGACCACGGAGGAAGAUCCUGUCGUCCAAACAUACGACAUACAGAUCACCACCUCGCAGCUCCGCGAUCUCUACAUCUUCCAGUACCCCGUCCGGCCCCGCGAGCAGCCGUACACGAAGGCUCGCAACGCGUGUCCUGUCGAAGCGCGGUUCAAGCCAAAGUCCGGACUCGUGGAGGUUGACAUUCCGGUCAACGUGCAUGUGAACUAUGAUGAGGAGAAGGGGCGCGUAUGGGGGGAUGCGAUGCGUAAGGCGGAGAAGGAGGCCGGUAAGGCGCAGAGUGGUGGUAGUGGGAGUGGUAGGGGUGGCGGUGUGGCCAGCGGGGUCGGGGGGAAGAAGAGGAAGAUUUUACGGGGGGAGGAUGAUAAUGAUGAGGAGGAAGAGGGAGAGGGAGAGGAGGAUUUGAUGUACAUGGAUCUCGCGGCCGCGAUUAAAGCUGGACGGAUACUUAAUCGCCAGACGCUCGGGAGUAAGAUGCAGCCCGAUGGGACAAAGUAUAUGGCUGGGGUAUUCAAGAAUGGUACAUGCCACUCACCACUUUGAUACCUGUAGCAGAAGCAAUUUACCAAUCAUCACACAGACAAACUCUACCUAACACCCAUAACUUCCACCCUCCAACUCCGCCCCCAAUUCCACCACAUCGACACGCAAAUCGACCUGGAGCGCGCCGCCAACAAAGCCCUCCACCCGGUAAAGCAGGAAGCGCGCGCGAUCCAGCUCUCGGUCAAGAACUCCGAGGACCCCUCGUCGCAGCUGAGCAGCAGCAUGAAAGCGGUGCGCAUGGCGGAGGAGGAGAAUUGGACGAAGCUGCACUGGGUGGACCAGGACACCGACGAUGCCUGGGGCGUGUACGAGGACGUGUGCUUGACGGGGGAAACGAAGGAGGAGGAGGGGGAGGGGGAGGGGGUGAAGGAUGAGUUGCUGAAGUGCGUCACGACGAAGAGGGAGUAUGUCGAGUGGUUGAGUGCUGGCAAACCCAUCGUUAGGAAGGAGGGUGGGGGGAAGUAG